UCUUACGCUGUAUUACGCUAUAAAUUGGUCGAGGCAAAAAGGGGGACAUAUUCAUCACCCGUUGGCACCAGUUUAUCGUGUUGCAGUGAUUUCUACUCGAGUUCUUUAUCACCAAACUUGGAAGUGGUAGCAAGGAGCGGCAUGAAAGAGUCAAGCUAGUUGCAAUUUAUGUCACCACUCAAUUGGAGAGCAAUUUCAUUUUUCUGAAUGCAAGUAUAUCCAGUGUAGUAGGUGCUACUUUGACUUUGUGAUAUGCCGUAUCUGGUUCGUGAGCAUUUGUUUAUUGGCAACAUUGGAGACGCAGCCGAGAUUCUCCAAAAUGGAAGCGACGAAGUCACACACAUACUAUCCGUUCUCAGUUCAGCAUCCAUUUCCUUUUUUUCAGAAUGGCGUAGCGGAGUCUCAAUUCCAAGUAAAGAAAUUCGAAAUGUUUAUGUUGGGGGUACUAGAUCAGAGGAUGAUGCAUGUGAUGGUUCAAGUAGUUCGCUCUCACCAAAUAAGCUUCUAUAUGCUUUGGAGUAUGCGGGAAAAGAUUUGAAGUUUGUGAGGAUGGCUGUGCCAUUGAGAGAUAUGGAGAAUGAAGAUUUGCUGGACUAUUUGGAUGUUUGUUUGGAUUUUAUUGAAGAAAGUAGGAAAGCAGGGUCUGUUUUGGUCCACUGCUUUGCUGGUGUAUCAAGGAGUGCAGCUAUCAUUACAGCAUACCUGAUGAGAAGUGAACAACUAUCACAAGAAGAUGCAAUUGAAUCCUUACGGCAAAGCUGUGAAUUUGUCUGCCCAAAUGAUGGUUUCCUGGAUCAGUUGAAAAUGUUUGAACAAAUGGGCUUCAAAGUUGAUCGUGCUAGCCCCACAUACAAGCGCUUCCACUUAAAAGUACUAGGUGAUUCCUACCACCGUGGGGAACUAAUUGAUAAUUCCAAGUUUGGUGCUGAUCCUGGCUUGCCAGCAGAAAAUGUUUCCUCCGAGGUUGAAACAUCACAUGAUAAAGAAGCAUCUACUCCUACUCCUGUGUACCGUUGCAAGAAGUGCCGCAGAGUUGUUGCUUUGCAAGAAAAUGUUGUAGACCAUGUUCCAGGAGAAGGACAGUCAUGCUUCGAGUGGCAUAAAAGGAGAAGUGGAAACAUUUUUAACAAAGCUGGUGAUGAUGAAUGUUCUUCUAUCUUUGUUGAACCUCUACGUUGGAUGACAACAGUCAAAGAAGGUGCACUUGAGGGCAAGCUGUUAUGUGCCCAGUGUGAAGCUCGCUUAGGUUACUUCAACUGGUCUGGCAUUCAGUGCAACUGUGGAAGCUGGAUCACUCCAGCCUUUCAGCUUCACAAAAGCCGAGUAGACAUCAGCACCAUGUAAAAUUUCUCAUAGAUUGAGAAAUGGAUUGCACCCAUAUGUUGUGUUUCCUUGCUUUUACAUUUUGACAGGAAUAAAUCUCAUAUGCUGGCACCAUAUUUUGUCGAGGGUGCCAAUAAUACAAGGUUCCAAUUGUUCGACAAUUUUGGAUUAGACGCGUGUGAAACUCAUGCGUAGUGAUUCAGAGUUGCUCGAGCAAUUAAUUGAUACUGUAAAACCUGCCUCUGAGAUACAAUUGCUCCUUUUUGUUUGAUGAAAAUCUUUGAAAAAAAAAUUGGAAGUAUUAAAUAGCAUCAAUGUAUGUGGACAUUCAAUCUUUUGAUAUUACUCAAGAGGGAUCCUCUUUGUAAAUUUAUAUCGAAUUUUAUGAUA